AUGAACAAUAAAUAUUAUCCCAUAAAUGACACUAAUGUUGAAAAGGGGGUAAUAAAUGUAUUUAAAAAAAAACUUGAACAAAAAAAACAAGAAUAUUUGAGAUUUAAUUUACCAAAAGGUUAUCAAAACAAAAAGAUUGAAAAUGUAAACAAUGGAACAAAAAAUGUUACCAUGGUUAGCCAUGAUAAUAAUAAAAUUGGCAAUAUAAAUUGUAACAGUAAUAAUAAAAAAAUGAUAUAUAUAGAAACAUGUGAUACACACGAUAAAUAUGUAUUAAAUAUCGACGAUGAAGAAAAUAAAUUAAAUAACAUAGAUUUACACACAGAAUAUAAAUCUGAUAGUCCUUACAGAAAAAGUAUAACUCAUAUUGAAGAAAGUUGUGAUGAACAAAUUCAUAUACCUUUACAAAUAUUGUCAAAUAGAUAUGAUUAUAAUGAUAUAGUUCAAGCAACUAAUAAUUUUUCUGAAGAAAAUAAAAUAGCUAAAGGAGGAAAUGGAAUAGUAUAUAGAGGAAUAUUAAAAAGCUGCAUUAAUGUAGCUAUUAAAGUUUUAAAAAAAAAUGAAAAUAAUGGAUUUGAAAAUGAACUAAUAAUUAUGAGCAGAUAUAGACAUAACAAUAUUUUAUCAUUACUAGGUUAUGCUAUGAAUACAAAUUAUUUUUAUUUAAUUUAUGAAUAUAUAAACUUAGGAGAUUUAAGAACACUUUUAUUUAAUCAUUAUUAUUUUUAUAAUUCAAAAAAUAAAGAAAAUGGUGAUUUUAAUAAUUUCUCAAAUAUGAAAUUAAAUAAUCAUACAAAUCUUAAUCAUUCAAGACCAUCUAAUUUAUAUAUGCAACAAAAUUCAUCUGAAACUAAGCCACCACUUUUUUUAUCUUUUAGUACUAGAGUAAAUAUAUUAGUUCAAGUUAUAAAUGUACUUUGCUAUUUACACACCUCCUCUCCAAUAGUAUAUCAUAGAGACUUAAAAUCAGCCAACAUUUUGAUUGACGAAAAACUUAAUGCCAAGUUAGGAGAUUUUGGUCUCUCUUUUAUUUACAUAAACAACAAUAACAUUUUCAGCUUAACUGGUGGCACACCUGGAUAUGCUGAUCCAUAUUAUAUAUCAACACAUGAAAUAAAUGAACAAACAGAAAUAUAUUCCUUUGGGGCAUUAAUAUUAGAAAUGCUAGUGUCUAAAUCGCCAGCUAUACAUGUAGGGAAAAAUUAUAGCUGUAUUUAUACUCAAAACGAUAAAUGCCCAAUACAUUGUUAUAGAGAUAAAAAUGAUAAUGACGAUAACGUAUUUGACUAUUUAAUUAAUCAUAUAAAUACAAAUGAUUAUAAAUCUAUUUAUUCAAUUUUAGAUUAUAGUGUUAAUUUCCCAGAAUUUUUAGUUGAAAAAUUAACAAAACUAUCUUUUUUCUGUUUAAAUCCAAAUAUAAAAAGUAGACCUUCAUCAAAAUUAGUAAAUUUAAUAUUAUUAGAAAUACAAAAAGAAUGUGAUUUUUUUGUAAAAAAACAAGAAUUUUAUAUGAAAAAAAUUCAUAAUGUAAAUAUGUAUUUUGAUGAAUAUGAAAGAGAAUCAUAUAAUAACUCAAUUAUUAAUGAUUGGGAUGAAAAAGAGUCAGAAAAAAAACAACAACAAAAAAAAAAUACACAUCCUAUUGAUACCACAAUAUACAAAAAUGAAAAUAGACAAAGCUUAGAUUAUCAAAGAAAAAUUAAAAAUUAUAAUAAUUAUAUUAAACAAAUUAAAGAAAUAAAUUAUAAUAGUAUAAAUCAACUUUUUCAUAAUUUUGUUAAUUCAUUAUUUGGAAAUAGUCGAAUUUAUAAUUUAAAUAAAAAUAUGUACAAAUUAUUUUUUUCUGAAAAUAUUCAAAAAAUUAAAGACAUACAAAAAAAUACUAUUAAAUAUAAUGACAUAGAUGGUACAACUAUAUCUAAUAACUUAAGCUCAUAUAAUUAUUUAUACUUUAAAUAUAAUACUGUUAGUAAUUUAACAAAUAUAAGGGAUGCAUAUUUUGAUAAGUUAUAUGGCGACAUGUUUAAUAAAAAUUAUAUUUUUAAUUCAUUUUCAUUUAAUUUAAUGAAUUGCUAUUUUCUUAAAUUUGUUAAUGAUAGUCUAAGACAUAAUAUUUUAAAUGACUCAAAUAAUAGCUUAAUGAUAAAAAAUGAAUUUAAUAAAAAUUCUGUUGCAAAAAUCGGAAGAAGUUAUGUUAGUGGAAAUUUACGUAAUCAUAAUAAACAAGAUGGAAAUUUUUAUAACCUUAAUUUUUUAGACAAUUAUGAAGGAAAAGAUAAGCAAUAUGCAAACAAUAACAUAUGCUUGAAAAAAAAAAUCGAAAAAACAAAUACACCCAUGAAAACUCAUAGUAAUGAUAUUGCAAACAUAAAGGGAGAAAUUAAUAUAGCAAAAAAUAAAUAUAACAAUAACGUGUUUAAUCGUUUUAUAACACAAAAUCAAAACUAUAUUUUUAAAACACCCCCAAAAAAUAAUGAAAAUUUAUAUAUACAUCAUAAUAAUGCUCAUGAAGAUAUGACACCUAAUAUAUUAUUCAAUUUAUCUCCUGCAAAAAAUGAAACAAAUAGUGGUAUCUCAAGUUGUGAUCAUAAUUAUCAAAGACGAAAUAUUAUUUUUUCGAGAAAAUGUAGUGAUUCUUCAAUUAUAAAAAAUUUCCGUCCAUGUAUUGAUGGUUGUAUCAAUGAUGGACAUAUAAAUAAAACACCAAUUAUUAAUAAAUAUGAAAUAAACUAUGAAGAUAGAAAUAAGUUUAUAUAUCCUGAUAAUAAAAGUAAUAAUCCAAACUUAUUUUUUAAUAAUAAUUUAGAUCUUGUGGAAAAGGGAAUUAAAAAAGAAAGACAUGACAGUGAUAAUGCUAGCAAUAUCGUCAGUAACAUUGGAUGUAGUAAUAAUUAUGAACAUUCAGCAUACUUAUAUAAUAUUCGUCAAAGCCAGGACGAAAGAAAUACACCAAAAAAAAUAGUCUCAAAUAAAUGGUCAUUGAAAAGAAAUUGCAGGGAUAAUACCCCUAAAAUGGUUUUUAAUAUACAAGGAAAUAAUGAAAACCUAAAAGAUGCAUGUAUAAGUAAUAAGAAAAAAAUAAUGAGAAUAGAUUUAUCCUCUAAUGAUGAAAAAAUAACAAUAACAAACAAAUAUAAUACACCAAUAAAGAAAGAAGAAAAUCACAUUACAAAAUAUACUAAUCUUAUAAAAUUUGGAAAUGAAAAUAAUGGAUAUAAUAGUUAUAAUUAUAAUCCAGAAAGAGAAAACUUUUUCUCUUCAAAGAAUCAUAGUAUUUUUAAAAAAGAAAGUGGUAAUGGUUUACCUGAAAAAACACCAUCACCAUUAAUGAUGGAUAUAAGACAUAAUAAUAUUGUAUAUGUAUCAAAUUAUUUAAAUUAUAUUAAUUUUGAAAAAAAUCAAUAUACAUUUGAUUCUAACAUAUUUUCAUGGUUUAAUGGUCAUAUAUUUGAGAUGGUAAUUGAUGAAAAUAAAAUAAUUUCCGAUGUAACUUUUUUAGAUAUUUUAUACGAAUUUAAUGUUUUUGAUUUUAAAAAAUUUGAUAUACCUAUAUAUGAAGAUGAAAAUAGAUAUUUUUUAAGAGGCAAAUGGGCUACCCCUGAUAAUAAUUUAGAAAAUAAUUUAACUUCCGUUAAUUUACAAAAAAACUUUUUUUUUGAAAUAGCAGUACAUCAUGAUAAUCCAAAAAAUGCACACACUAUAUUUUUAUUAAAUUCUAAUCAAUCAAAAGAAUGUAUAAAUAAUGAACCAGGAGUUGUUAAAAAAAAAGUAUGGAUUUCAGAUUUUAUAGGUAGAAGAAAUGAUUUUGUUGAAAAAAUUCUUAAAAAAUCUAUUUCAAAUAUUUUAUAUGAAUGUAUAAGUAGAAAACAUUGUCUUUUCAUAUUAGAAGUACAAAUGAAAACUUUAAAUAAACCAACAUGUUAUGAUAAUAAAGUUACAGGAAAUUUCUCUUAUUAUUAUUUUGAAUAUAAUAUAAAAGUUGUGUGUAAUAGUGAAAAUUGUAUAUUCUCAAACAAUUAUAUACUUUAUAAAAAUAAUACAUAUUCUUAUAGCUUACCUAAUAAUAUAUUAUCAUUACUUGUAUUUUCGGAAGACAAAGUUAUGAAAAAAAUGUGUCACUACAAAAAUUCGUUAACCACAACACAAAGGAUCCAUUUCCCUUUGUAUCCAUUUUUUGUAAAUAUUAAUUUUUACGAUGAAAAAUAA